AUGGCGUUCUCGUUGCCACUACUUGAGAUGCAAAUGGUUCUCAUUUUCAUCCUCACCCAAGCCUGCCAUUACGCUCUUAAGCGUUAUGGAGUCACCAAGCUCACCACCCAACUUCUUAUUGUUGAGCUAGAGAUUAUAUUUACAUAUUUGAUCACAAUUUGUCCUGAUUUUAUGAAUGAUAAAAAGAACUGGAAGAAAAGCCUUGUUUACCGGUGUUGCAUGCCUUUGCUAAUUGGCUUGUUAGUCGAAAUGAAACUUGGAAGAUUGUGGCUGAAUGAGGAAAAAGCAUAUGUACUUCCACUUUUAACAGUAUCACAUUGUAUAACUCCAUUUCCAGUCCUUGCUUGCCUUCUUGAGGACCUCAAGAUCCUAAAUUCUGAACUGGGUCGAUUAGGCCUAUCUGUAGCAUUGGUAAGCGAUACCUUAACCACGUUGGCUAACCUCAGUAUCGGCUUGAUUACUAUUAACCGGGAUAAAGGUAGUAUGCUCACUGGUAUUGGUUUAGGAGCAAUCAUCAUCUAUAUUAUCGUCCUUGUAUUUGCAAUUCGACCAACAAUGUUUUGGGUAAUCAGGCAGACACCAAAAGGUAGGCCUGUCAAAGACACAUACAUUCAUACCAUCAUGCUAAUGGUCUUUGGGUCUGGGUUUCUUUCUCAUUUGGUUGGUCAGACUCCACUCUCUGGACCUUUCACCCUCGGUUUGGCAAUACCAGAUGGACCGCCUUUAGGAUCAGCCAUUGUCGACAAGCUCAACUGCUUCAUUUUGGAUGUGCUUAUGCCAAUCUUUGUGACUAUUUGUGCGAUGAGGACAGAUCUGAGUUUAAUCAAAUUUGAUAACAACUUCAUUACAAUCAAUGGAAUCCUCAUCGUUUUGACUUUUGUGGCCAAAGUGGUGGCUUGUUUGGUUCCUCUCUUGUUGUCCAAAAUGCCCUUAAAUGAUGCUUUGGCACUUGCUCUAUUAUUGAGUUGCAAAGGUGUAGUCCAACUUUUUGAGUUUGCAUAUCUCUAUGACAACGAGAACAUAUCAGACCAGGUGUUCACUUUUUCAUGUGUUAGCAUCCUAUUUACUACAAUUUUUGUGCCACUCUUGGUGAAACACCUGUACCAUCCUUCAAAGAAAUAUGCUGGUUACCAGAAAAGGGAUAUUAUGCGUUGUAAACGUAAUGCAGAGCUUCGAAUCCUAGCAUGCAUUCACAGGCCACAUAACAUUGUUGCAGUAACAAAACUACUUAAGUCUCGUGCCCAUCUAGUGAAAGGCCCCUUGCUGUUUAUGUGCUUCGCCAUGCAUAUCGAUUUAAUUGGUCGAGCUUCUCCAAUUUUUAUUUCCCACCAAAUGCAGAAUAAGACGACAUCCAAUAAUAGUUCCUAUUCGGAUAAUAUCAUUCGCGCCUUCAAUAACUUUGAACAAGACAAUCAGGGUGCUGUAUCAGUAAAUGUCUUCACAGUAAUCUCUCCAUUCAAAUACAUACACGACGACAUAUGUAUCCUUGGAUUGGACAAACUCACAUCCCUCAUAGUACUACCGUUCCACCGAAAAUGGUCCAUUGACGGUUUUGUUGAAUCAGACGACAGUGCCGUGCGAGCCUUAAAUUGCAAUGUGCUUGAACUGGCCCCCUGCUCUGUUGGCAUCCUAAUUGAUCGUGGUCAUUUAGGCCACUCAAUGGUUUCAUUAGAUUCAUCCUAUUCCGUUGCCAUGAUCUUCUUUGGAGGUAAUGAUGAUCGAGAGGCAUUGACUUUUGCCAAGCGCAUGGCUAAUCACUCAAAAAUUAUCCUAACUGUGGUUCACUUUGUUGCCAGUGGCAAUGAAAUUGGUAAUGAUUGGGACAAAUUGCUUGACAAUGAGAUACUGAAGGAUGUUAAACUUAACGAUGCUGGUGAUGAAUAUGUGAUAUUGCUAGAGGAGAUGGUGAAUGAUGGGGCUCAGAUGGCAUUGAUGGUUUGGUCUAUGGUGAACAAAUACAACCUUAUUAUUGUUGGUAGACGGCAUAACCUAAAGUCUCCGCAAACAUCUGGCCUUGCAGAAUGGAGUGAAUUUUCAGAGUUGGGAACUGCGGGGGGCUUGCUUGUCUCAUCAGAUCUUAAGAGCAGAACUUCUGUUUUUGUGGUCCAACAACAACAAAAGAAGAAGACUUAG